GGAUCGCCUAGCCCGUAGACGUUGAAAUCACAUGACGCGGACGGAACCUCUUUGUAAUUCGCCGACGCUGUUAUCACCCACUAUUUUUUUUUUUUCAUCAUUCUACCGUAGUCCCGUGUCGCAACGAGCGCGUGUCUUUCUGUCUACAGUCUUCGUAGUUCGUGUGAUCUUUGGUGUCUAUCAUUGUUUGUGAAGUGUCUUUUGUCCGGUUUCCGGUCGAGAACAUUACUGAUCGCUGUCGUCGUCUAAAUGGCCGAUCGUCUCACCCAACUCCAAGACAUUGUUAAUCAACAAGCAGAUAACUUCUGCAACAGCAUUGGCAUUUUACAACAGUGUGCUUUACCAUCUAAGUUUUCUAACUUUGACCGAAACGGUUCUCAAACACCACAACAACAAGAAGAUUAUACAAGCUUAUUUUCUUCACUAAUAACUCGUUGUGCUAAAGAUAUUGACGCAUUAAUUGAAUCACUGCCUAACGACGAUACUUCUACAGAUUUGCAAGUUGCAAGUUUGAGGAGAUUAGAACAAGAUAAUCAGUUAGCUGCUGAACGUUUGGAAGAAGUAGUUAGAAAAGGUGAACUUCUUCUUGAACAAAUACAAGCUGCUCUCUCUGAUAUUGCUCAACAGCAAUUAGAUAUUCAGCAAAGUAGUGAUAACAAUACGUGUUAAUAAAAACAUAUUAUUAUUACAAUGAAAGUUAAAAACAAAAAAAAUGUUGCUAAAGCCAUUUCUGCUAUCAGUAAGACACAUAAAAUUAAAAGAAACAAAAUAAAACGUUUAACAGAAAAAAAAGGUAAAAAGAAGAAGAUAUCAAAAAAAGCAUUGAUUGAAGUUGGUCUAAAAAAUGAAAAAAACAAACCUAAAGCUAAGGUGGAAUCAACUCAACCUAUCGUAAAUGAUAAUUUAACAAAAUUAACAAAUAUAAGUUACAAAGGUGCACCUGAAAGUUCUACUCCUAGUUUAUACAAAGAACAGAAAAAGGUCGAUGGAGACAAAACACCUGUGUCCUUUAUUAAGAGGAUGAAAGAUAAACUGAAAGGUGCAAGAUUCAGAUAUUUAAAUGAACAAUUUUAUUCAUCUAGCAGUGAAGAAGCUUUGCUAUAUUUUAAAAAAGAACCAAGUGCAUUCAAAGCCUAUCAUAAUGGUUAUAUGCAACAAGUUAUUCAAUGGCCAGUAAAACCGCUAAGUGUUAUAAUUAAACAAAUCAAACCAAUUUUGAAGAAUUCCAAUACCAAUUCACCUGUUGUAGUUGCAGAUUUUGGUUGUGGUGAUGCAAAACUUGCUAGGACAUUUCCUAAAGUAAAAGUUCAUUCAUUUGAUUUGGUUGCAGUCAAUCAGUAUGUAACUGCUGGUGAUAUGGCUCAUACUAGCUUAGCCAAUGGAUCUGUUGACAUUGCAGUUUUUUGUCUCUCUCUGAUGGGUACAAACUUACAAUCAUUUAUCAAAGAAGCCAAUAGGGUUUUGAAAACUGGAGGUUUGAUGAAAAUAGCUGAAGUUGAAAGCCGAUUUGAUAAUAUUAAUACCUUUAUUGAUAGUUUGGCUAAAUAUGGAUUUGAAAAAACAAAACUAGAUCAGACAAUUGAAAUGUUCGUCUUUAUGGACUUUAAAAAAAUUCAAGAUAUAAGUAAAACAGCAUUAAAAAAGAAACUACCUGUAUUAGAAUUAAAACCUUGUAUUUACAAAAAACGUUAAUAUUUUUUUAAUAAAGUUUUACUAUUAAAAAU